AUCCUGAGAACACAAGCCCAGAGCCGAGAGCAGCUCUCAAUCCCGGGUGAGGCACCGAGCACUUGAGCUAUUUCAGCCACAUGCAAAGCAUUGGAAUUGAGAUCGCAGCUCAGAGGACACCAGGCAUCCCUUUCACCUUCUAAGGAGCCUUGUAUUCUUGCACCUGGCUGCCUGGGACUUUCCUUAGGCAGUAAACAAAUACAAAGCAGGGAUAAGACUGAGUGAAUAUGUCGAAACAGCCAGUUUCCAAUGUCAGAGCCAUCCAGGCAAAUAUCAAUAUCCCAAUGGGAGCCUUUCGGCCAGGAGCUGGGCAACCCCCCAGAAAAAAAGAAUGUACUCCAGAAAGUGAGGAGGGUGCUCUUCCCACCUCGGAUGAGGAGAAGAAGCCAAUACCAGGAGCAAAGAAACUUCCAGGACCUGCAGUCAACCUAUCGGAGAUCCAGAAUAUUAAAAGUGAACUGAAAUAUGUCCCCAAAGCUGAACAGUAGUCAGAAAGAAAAAGGUU